AUACAAUUUCGAACACAAACAAACGGUGCGGUGCAGAAGGCAAGCGAACGAAAUGGACCAAUCGCUAGAAAACAUUUUUCAGAAACAGCUAGACACUAUGCAACGUAUUGAGCUGUUUCUAAACAUUUAUAAAUGUAAGGCGUUCGUAGCGGACGACUUGCGAGCUCUGAAAGAAGAAGCUAGCAGUGCUGCCGAGAAGCUAAAGUGCACCAAAGAAUAUCUCGAAAUCGAUCGCAAAGAUGUGUGUUCCCAGUUUAUGGAAAUAAUGCAGAAAAUGCGACGCAAUGAGCUGCUUAUGCUUCACCUACUGGAGGUAGGAACACUCGUUGAACAGAAUGAAAAUGCUAAACCUGCCGCCCAAUCUUCUAGCUCGAAACAACAGAUGCCACUGAAGGAGCUGCAAAACGAAUCGAAUCCCUCCAAAAUGCAUCUCCUGGAUUAUUCUAAAUCUCCAUUCGCGUUACGUUCGAAGCCAAGGAACUUCCACUUCUAUGACUUUGAUGCGGAAAUCAAGGAGGAACAGUUUGAAACGAUUCCCAAGUAUUUGAAGGGACGGAUGCAACUGUCCGAACUAAAACAGUUUCUCGAGAAUGAGGUCAUCAAAUGUUUCGAGGAAAAAUACACACUCAUGUACAAGCACCGCAAGGUUAUCGUGAAUCAGCACGAUCUCAACCUAUGGAAAGAGUACAACAGCCAACAAGCCAAUUUUCCCGAUGACAAAUUCAUCACGCAAGACGAUUUGUCUCGCAAAUCUGGCAAAGUAGUGGACAAGAAGAGCUAUGCAAAGCUGCAGAUGCUUCGACAUCUUCACAUUCUGCGAGAGGUGCGCUCGGAAGGGACGAUAUACUUCCUUUGGAUUUACAGCAAAUAAAACCCCGCUCUGCUGGCUACAGAUAUAUUGA